GUACACACUGGUGGAUAUUUUGCGCGCCAUUCUUCUUUCGUUAGAAGCCAUGAUAGAAGACCCUGAGCUUCAAGUGAAUGGAUUUGUUUUGAUUAUAGACUGGAGUAACUUCACCUUCAAGCAGGCCUCCAAGCUCACACCAAGCAUGCUUAGAUUAGCCAUAGAGGGCCUUCAGGACAGUUUUCCAGCUCGGUUUGGAGGAAUACAUUUCGUCAAUCAGCCGUGGUAUAUCCAUGCCCUCUACACAGUUAUACGGCCCUUUUUAAAGGAGAAGACACGAAAAAGGAUAUUCCUGCACGGUAAUAACCUCAACAGCCUGCAUCAGCUAAUACACCCUGAGAUCUUGCCUUCAGAGUUUGGAGGAAUGUUGCCCCCCUAUGACAUGGGGACGUGGGCAAGAACACUGCUGGACCAUGAAUACGAUGAUGACAGUGAAUGCAAUGCGGACUACAAUGCUCCUGCAAAGGAGAUUGAAAAGGACCUCUCUCCCAAAUCCAUGAAAAGGUCUCAGUCGGUUGUGGAUCCUGGGGUGCUGAAACGCAUGGAUAAGAAUGAGGAAGAAAACAUGCAGCCUUUGCUUUCACUUGACUAA